UCGCACCAAAUAAACAUGGCCGCUCCCCCGCCAGCAGACGUGAGUGUGAGAAAUACAGAUGGAGAAAAUAACUCCGUAAUGGAAACCGAGGCCACAGAGAAUGGAGCCGAACCUGCAAAGAAAGGCUCAACUAAAGCAGAAACAGAGGACCCGUUUAAGAAACCGGCUCUUUUGGCGGCGCCUUCCCUUUUCAUUAAACGCAGUAACGUCGCUGCUCCGUCCAAACCAACAGAAGCUGAAACCAGAAGCCCGAUAGAAGAGGACAGAGCUCAGGUCGAAGCCCCAGCCAGCGAGAGCUCCGCUGGCGAAAACAAAACUUCGGAAAAAUGCCAAGAAGAGGAUAUAAAGGGCGAAAAGGAGAAGAAGGUUGGUCCUGUCAAAGCCAAUCCAGAGGCUAAACCGAGGGUGCUUCCUGCCAAAGGGCCCCCAGCGGGUAAAUUCCCCCCUCUGCCGUACACGGAGCCGCACUGGGGAGGCUCUGCUUCAGACGUCCCGUAUGCUCUGGAAAUCCUCAAAAACGGCGCCAUCGUGGACACGCUGCCCCUCACUCACAGGAGCUACUUUGUGGUCGGACGUCUACCUGUGUGCGACGUCUCCCUGGAGCAUCCGUCCAUCUCCAGGUACCACGCAGUGAUCCAGUACCGCGGACAGGCCGGGGACGGGGAGUGCGUGGGAGAGGAGAUGGGGUUUUACAUCCACGACCUGGGCAGCACCCACGGCACCGUGGUGAACAAGAACAGGAUUCCCCCCAAGACCUACAUCAGACUGCGGGUUGGACAUGUGUUAAAGUUUGGUGGGAGCACGAGGCUUUUUAUCCUGCAGGGUCCAGAGUUUGACGAGGAAGAGGAGUCUGAACUGACGGUGACGGAGCUGAGGGAGCGUGCCCGCAAACAGAAAGCAGAGCUGGAGAAGAGGAUGAUGGGAGAUGGCUCUGAUGAUGAGGACGAGCGGCAGGAGGAGGAGGAGGGCGGUGAAGGCGAAAACAACAAGGGCCAGAGCAAAGUGUCAAAGGAAGACUCGGGCUGUUCAUGGGGAAUGGCUGAGGAAGCAGCUCCGGAGGAAGACGAGAACGAGGAAAACCCUUUUUCAACCGAGUUCCACGAAGAUCAGGAAGCAGCUUACCUGAAGGAUCCGAAGAAAGCUUUGCAGGGCUUCUAUGACCGAGAAGGGGAGGAGCUGGAGUUUGAGUAUGAAGACAAAAGCCACGGCUCCUGGCUUUGCAGAAUAAAGCUGCCGGUGGAUGAUGCCAUGGGGCGUCAGCUGGUAGCGGAGGUGACCCACACCGGGAAGAAGAAAGAGGCAGCCAUCCAGUGCUGCCUGGAGGCUUGUCGAAAGCUGGAGGCCAGAGGGCUGCUGCGCCAGGAAGCAGUGUCCCGUAAGCGCAAGAAGAAGAACUGGGAAGAUGAGGACUACUAUGACAGCGAUGAUGACACCUUCCUGGAUCGAACCGGCACCGUGGAGAGGAAGAGGCAGGAGAGAAUGAAAAAGGCAGGAAAGAUUGAGGAGCGGCCUGAGACCUAUGAAUCACUGGUGGCCAAACUGUCAGAGGUGGAGAAGGAGCUGGCAGAGACUCAGAAAAAGCUCAGUGCUGCUAAAGGAGACUCUUCGGCCUCUUCAACUGAGGACUCUCUGGACGCCUUCAUGACCGCAGUGAAAAGCGAGGCAGCGAUGGAUGCCGUGGAGCGCAGGAAGCUUCAUGUGCAUGUGGCAGACUUGCGCAAAGAUGCUCAGAGGCUCCGCAAGCUAGUUGAACUCACACGGCCAGCACAGAUGCCCUCGCUGCUGCCCAGCAGCAGCUCAGAGUCAGAGAAGCCGAAAAAGUCCUUGCCGCUGUUUGGAGCCAUGAAGGGAGGGAGAAAAUUCAAACUGAAGACUGGAACCAUUGGGAAGUUGCCUCCUAAGCGGCCCAACCUGCCUGCAGAGCUCUUCAACAUGAAAGAACUUCCACCUAGUGGGGAAGAGGAGGAAGAAGAAGAAGAGGAGGAGGAGGCAGCAGAAAAACAUGAGGAUAAUGAUGAUGAACAGAGGAUGACUGAAGAAGAGUCCAGUGCAUCCACAUCUAAAGAUCCCUCAGGGCAUCGAAAAGAUCAGCCAGUAGAAUCCUGUGAGCUCAAAGAUCAAAGCCCCAAACAGCGGAGGAGUGAGGAGUCUGUUGAAGCAGCAGAGCAGGUUCCUCAGCACAGCAGCAAGAAGGUCACGGCAGCCCCGACUCCAGAGUCCAAAGCUGAUGUUGAAAGAGAGCCAGCGGCUGACCCCAGCCCCAGGAAGAAGAAGAGAGUGAUGGGUCCCAGCAGGCCACCAGUGCAGCUGUCGGGACAGUAUCCAGACGACGACCCUGAUUACUCUGUGUGGAUGCCUCCUGCAGGUCAGACUGGAGAUGGACGCACACACCUAAACGACAAGUACGGCUACUGAGGAGGCGCAGAGAGUUCUUGUGUCUCCACUCCAGCAGCUUUUAUACUGCAGAUAAUACCUGCAGCACAAAGCCUCCAGUCUCCUCAGCUCUGACCAUUAACCCUCUCCACUCAUCCCAGUCCCUGUGAGGUUCAGCUCACAAAACUGGGAACCUGCAACAGAACAGGGACUCGCAGAGGGACGAGCUGAGACAACAAUGCGGCACCUUUUAUUUAUCUCUCGAGGAUAUUCUCAGACUGUGAUAAACAAAAAGCACACCGUUUGAGUUCACAUUAAACUGGCAGAGCAGACACUGGGCAGUCAGCCUGCUGGCACCCCUCACCCCUGAUAAUAAUGGAGAUGGGGAGCACUUGAAUUUUGUCCUUUUAUUUGAAUUCUGUAUCAUCCAAGCAGAAAAUAGGAAGAGACAGAGCAGGAGCGGCAACUGAUCCGAAUUCAGCUUUCUAGUCUUUGACUGCUCUUCUUGCAGUUAAAUCCACCUGACAUCCAAUCUGUAUCCCUCCCCUAUUUGGCUUCAGUCGAUCGCUGGCAUAACCUUUUUUUUUUUUUUUUUCCAAAAGGAGAGUGUGUAGCAGGGAGGGAGAAAGAGGGAGAGCAUUGAAGCAGCUUUUCUGACCAUCUGGACACUUGGAUGGCUUACUGGAUGAAACGCAAGCUGAUAAUGACUCAGGCUAAGUGGAGUGUGUGUCUCCAUCUACACACACACACACACACACACACACACACACACACGCACACACACAGUCAAACCUUCUCAAAGUUCUCUUUUUAACAAGAUUGUCUUUAUGAGGGAGUCUGCUAUUGGUGUGUGUUUGCCCGGAGCAGGAUUCCUCGCUCUGUGAAAUCCCACUCAGUGCUGUUCUCUUGGUUUACUGCCAUACUUUCCACCCUCUUUCCUGUUGUCUUUUAUCAGAACACAAAGAAAUGUAAAUUGUAUUUAGUUAUAUAAAUGUGUAAUAAAAUUGUCUGUUCAUAACCUCUGA